GGGGAGAGGAGGGAGCGCAGACAACGGCUAGUAAAGCCUGGAAUGGUGAAAUCACCCAUAGGUCACUUGAUCCGGCUCUCUGUGUCAGCCAACACUGCUGCAGGGGAGACGAGGGAGCGCAGACAACGGCUAGUAAAGGCUGGAAUGGUGACAUCCCCCAUAGGUCACUUGAUCCGGAUCUCUGUGUCAGCCAAAACUGCUGCAGGGGAGAGGAGGGAGCGCAGACAACGGCUAGUAAAGGCUGGAAUGGUGACAUCCCCCAUAGGUCACUUGAUCCGGCUCUCUGUGUCAGCCAACACUGCUGCAGGGGAGAGGAGGGAGCGCAGACAACGGCUAGUAAAGCCUGGAAUGGUGAAAUCACCCAUAGGUCACUUGAUCCGGCUCUCUGUGUCAGCCAACACUGCUGCAGGGGAGACGAGGGAGCGCAGACAACGGCUAGUAAAGGCUGGAAUGGUGACAUCCCCCAUAGGUCACUUGAUCCGGAUCUCUGUGUCAGCCAACACUGCUGCAGGGGAGAGGAGGGAGCGCAGACAACGGCUAGUAAAGGCUGGAAUGGUGACAUCCCCCAUAGGUCACUUGAUCCGGAUCUCUGUGUCAGCCAACACUGCUGCAGGGGAGAGGAGGGAACGCAGACAGCGGCUAGUAAAGGCUGGAACGGUGACAUCCCCUAUAGGUCACUUGAUCCGGCUCUCUGUGUCAGCCAACACUGCUGCAGGGGAGAGGAGGGAGCGCAGACAACGGCUAGUAAAGGCUGGAAUGGUGACAUCCCCCAUAUGUCACUUGAUCCGUCUCUCUGUGUCAGCCAACACUGCUGCAGGGGAGAGGAGGGAGCGCAGACAACGGCUAGUAAAGCCUGGAAUGGUGAAAUCACCCAUAGGUCACUUGAUCCGGCUCUCUGUGUCAGCCAACACUGCUGCAGGGGAGACGAGGGAGCGCAGACAACGGCUAGUAAAGGCUGGAAUGGUGACAUCCCCCAUAGGUCACUUGAUCCGGAUCUCUGUGUCAGCCAAAACUGCUGCAGGGGAGAGGAGGGAGCGCAGACAACGGCUAGUAAAGGCUGGAAUGGUGACAUCCCCCAUAGGUCACUUGAUCCGGCUCUCUGUGUCAGCCAACACUGCUGCAGGGGAGAGGAGGGAGCGCAGACAACGGCUAGUAAAGCCUGGAAUGGUGAAAUCACCCAUAGGUCACUUGAUCCGGCUCUCUGUGUCAGCCAACACUGCUGCAGGGGAGACGAGGGAGCGCAGACAACGGCUAGUAAAGGCUGGAAUGGUGACAUCCCCCAUAGGUCACUUGAUCUGGAUCUCUGUGUCAGCCAACACUGCUGCAGGGGAGAGGAGGGAGCGCAGACAACGGCUAGUAAAGGCUGGAAUGGUGACAUCCCCCAUAGGUCACUUGAUCCGGAUCUCUGUGUCAGCCAACACUGCUGCAGGGGAGAGGAGGGAACGCAGACAGCGGCUAGUAAAGGCUGGAACGGUGACAUCCCCUAUAGGUCACUUGAUCCGGCUCUCUGUGUCAGCCAACACUGCUGCAGGGGAGAGGAGGGAGCGCAGACAACGGCUAGUAAAGGCUGGAAUGGUGACAUCCCCCAUAGGUCACUUGAUCCGGCUCUCUGUGUCAGCCAACACUGCUGCAGGGGAGAGGAGGGAGCGCAGACAACGGCUAGUAAAGCCUGGAAUGGUGAAAUCACCCAUAGGUCACUUGAUCCGGCUCUCUGUGUCAGCCAACACUGCUGCAGGGGAGACGAGGGAGCGCAGACAACGGCUAGUAAAGGCUGGAAUGGUGACAUCCCCCAUAGGUCACUUGAUCCGGAUCUCUGUGUCAGCCAAAACUGCUGCAGGGGAGAGGAGGGAGCGCAGACAACGGCUAGUAAAGGCUGGAAUGGUGACAUCCCCCAUAGGUCACUUGAUCCGGAUCUCUGUGUCAGCCAACACUGCUGCAGGGGAGAGGAGGGAACGCAGACAGCGGCUAGUAAAGGCUGGAACGGUGACAUCCCCUAUAGGUCACUUGAUCCGGCUCUCUGUGUCAGCCAACACUGCUGCAGGGGAGAGGAGGGAGCGCAGACAACGGCUAGUAAAGGCUGGAAUGGUGACAUCCCCCAUAUGUCACUUGAUCCGUCUCUCUGUGUCAGCCAACACUGCUGCAGGGGAGAGGAGGGAGCGCAGACAAUGACUAGUAAAGGCUGGAAUGGUGACAUCCCCCAUAGGUCACUUGAUCCGGCUCUCUGUGUCAGCCAACACUGCUGCAGGGGAGAGGAGGGAGCGCAGACAACAGCUAGUAAAGGCUGGAAUGGUGACAUCCCCCAUAGGUCACUUGAUCCGGCUCUCUGUGUCAGCCAACACUUCUGCAGGGGAGAGGAGGGAGCGCAGACAAUGGCUAGUAAAGGCUGGAAUGGUGACAUCCCCCCAUAGGUCACUUGAUCCGGCUCUCUGUGUCAGCCAACACUGCUGCAGGGGAGAGGAGGGAGCGCAGACAACGGCUAGUAAAGGUUGGAAUGGUGACAUCCCCCACAGGUCACUUGAUCCGGAUCUCUGUGUCAGCCAACACUGCUGCAGGGGAGAGGAGGGAGCGCAGACAACGGCUAGUAAAGCCUGGAAUGGUGACAUCCCCCCAUAGGUCACUUGAUCCGGCUCUCUGUGUCAGCCAACACUUCUGCAGGGGAGAGGAGGGAGCGCAGACAAUGGCUAGUAAAGGCUGGAAUGGUGACAUCCCCCCAUAGGUCACUUGAUCCGGCUCUCUGUGUCAGCCAACACUGCUGCAGGGGAGAGGAGGGAGCGCAGACAACGGCUAGUAAAGGCUGGAAUGGUGACAUCCCCCAUAGGUCACUUGAUCCGGCUGCAGGGGAGAGGAGGGAGCGCAGACAACGGCUAGUAAAGGCUGGAAUGGUGACAUCCCCCAUAGGUCACUUGAUCCGGCUGCA